AUGGAGCCCGCGACGUACGCCUCUUUCCCGCUCGCGCAAGAUCAAGAAGCGUUGUGGGGGCCGCCGCAGACUGUACACCUGGGCCAGGCGCCACGGCGCGGGGGUGACUGGCGCGCCUGGGCACGCCGCGCGUACACGGUGAUCGCCCUGCUCGCCUUCACCGCCGGCUUCGCGUGGGCGGUGCGCCGGACGCGCCGCAGCCCGUGCGACCUCGCGUUCGUGAUCACAGCCUACUACCUCGUCGCCGUGCUCUGCUUCUGCGUCAGGAAGCUGCAGCUCCAGCGGCUCGACGACCACCCGGCGGCGGCCCCCGAGCAGCGGCGGUCCAUGCUCGCCGUGUGGGCGGUCUCUGUGCUUUUCCUCGCUACCUGCUUCGCGUGGGCGGUGCACCGGACGCGCCGUAGCCCGCGCGAUCUAGCGUUAGUGGUCACGACCUACUGGUUCGUCGCCGUGCUCUGCUGCUGUGUCUGGAAGCUCCAGCUCCUGCGGCUCGACGACGACCCGUCGUUGGCCCCCGAGCGGCGCCGGGCCAGGCUUGUCGGGUGGGCGGUCUCGGUGCUCUUCGUCGCCGCCUGCUUCGCGUGGGCUGUGUACCGCACGCACCGCAGGCCGCGCGCCCUGGCGUUCGUGAUCGCCACCUACUACCUCAUCGCCGUGCUCUACUGCUGCCUCAGGAAGCUCGAGCUCCUGCGGCUUGAGGACGACCCGGCCGCGGGGCCCGAGCGGCGGCGGGCCAGGCUCGCUGCCAUGGCGGUCUCGGUGGCGCAGGGCAACACGGUUGCGCUGAGUGCCGCGGACAGGAUGCCGAACCUGGCGCUGAAGCUAGUCGUGUUUGGGCUCACCGCCAUGGCGAUGGGCCUCCUGUACUUCUUCAUUUUCAGCCGCAUCGAUGGGGAGUACGGGCGUGCUCAAUCGGCCGCCGCCCCCCGGGCGGAGAGGCCUUUGCACGAGCAAUCCCCGGAGCAGAGCGCCUAG